AUGCCGACGCGGAUGGGUUUUCAGUCGCUGUGGGGGAUGAAGGUAAUCAAGAGGUUCCCCGUUGGCCUGCGGUAUAAAAACCGCGAUGGGGGCAUAUGGACAGAGGAGCCCCUACCAGAGCAUUUCGAGGCCGUUUAUCCUCCUGCAGAUCCUGCUGAUGCAAUGCCCGUGGAGGACCCUCCAGAGGAUGUAGACGGUGCAGCGGUGCCACAGCCACCGCCACCUGCCGGGGCGCCUCAGUUUCCACGUUACGUUAUUCCAGGUCAUGCCCCAGGAGCUGCGCUACAUCCGGAUGUACGAGCGGAGCUUGACAGGCUCAACGAUUUGAAUGCAUAUGAUAAUCUAAAAGCCAAAUACGUAGGUUGGGUGUAUUUGAAAAACAAAACCGGCAACAUAUACAACCCUCAAACAAAUACUUUUAGCUUAACGAACGAGGAAUGGGAAGAAUUUAAGAAGGGGCAUCCGAAGGCUGCAUCAUUGAAGACAGUUCCAUUGCCCUUUCCAGAACUUUGUGCAGAAUUGUUUGAUGGAAAUACUACCACUGGAAAUUGCAAGUGGACCUCAACCCAAACAACAUCCGGGGUUGGAUCUUCUUGUCAUCGUGUCCAAUCGCUUAUGAUUAUGGACACCCAUUAUCAUGACACACAAGAUGAUGCCGACACUUCUAAGGCUACUCCAGAGCCUACUCCAGAGCUCACUUCUGAGCCUACUUCCGAGCCCACUUCUGAGCCUAAUCCAAACAAAAGGGCCAAAACCUCAAAAUCAUCUAUUAACCAUGAUGAUUUAGCACGUGAUAUGCACAAGGCUCUACAUGUUUUGAUUAAAGGCAAAGAAGGGCCAACAGUUCGUGAGUGUUCUGAGAAGUUAAAGUUGGUUGGGUUAGACCCGGUAGAUCCUAUAUUCUUAGCUGCUUUUCACAUUUUUGGGGUGUCCUCCGACAUGAGAGAGGCGUGGAUGGCAUUGCCAGAAAUUCCCGAGGUCUUAAGAGGGUGGACCGGAAUGACGGCAAAAAGUUUAGGCCUAAUAAAGUAGUGAAGACCUUUAUAUGCUUAACACGACUGCUAGGUUUAUGUUUGAGAGAUUCAUUGCUUUUGUAUGUUUGACAUUGUAUGCUUUUCGUUUAUGUUUUAGACAUUGUAUGGUUUUAUGUUUAACAUUG